UCUUGAUACUCAAGAAGGAGCGAGACUUUUUGUUCCUUCUUCUUGCAUGCGACUGUGAAACAAAGAAAGCUCGCAAGAGAUGGCGGCGAAAGAGGAAGACGGCAACGAUGGUUUUCUGGGGGAACUGAGAGAUCUCGCUGAGCUCAUGCAGCAAAUUAUAUCUCAAGAUGAAGUUGAUGAGAGCGAGAAGAAAGGUGUUGGUCAAGAUGGUGAGAACAAGCUUAACUCAGAUGAGACGAGUAAUGAGCAAGGAACCAGUAAUCAUCAAUUGGCUGGUUUAUCUGCUACUUAUAAUGUCCUUGUUGCAUAUACGAAGAGUGAUCUAGCAAAUCUAGAACCGAGGAAUGUGUCUGUAAGUUCGGGUGAAGCAGUGUCUUCCUUGUCCGUGCCAUCUUCUGAUAUGGCAUCCAAGUACAAGUUGCCUGAUGAUGAAGAAGUUACUAAUCCAAUCGAUUACUCAUCUAGUGACUAUGAUGUUGUAAGAUAUCAACUCUCUCUACUCUCUCUAGAGAAUGAUGACUCAAAAGAGUAUGCGUCUCUCAAACAGUGCAUGACCAAAAUAGAUUCCUCCUCCUUAGACCAUCUUAAAGCAGAACAGGCUCAUGAGCAUGCUUCUGAUUUCACAUUUGACAUUAGGAAACCUGUGAUUAAUCCGGCGCAAGCUCCUCCUAAACAAAGUCUUCAGAGGCAGAACGCUAUGCAUCGACAAAGACACACAAGUGAACUGGAUCCUGGAUACUCAGCUUCUUCUUUGAAUCAGCCAAUGCCUACAAGACAAAGCAUUACUACUACUGCAUCUUCACAUGGUCGUAGGCCAUCUGUUUCCAUGACCAAGGCAUUGAUAACAUCUACUGAGUUUGUACCACAGACACAGAGGAACCCACAUUACUCUCAGCGUCAGGUUCCUUCAGGGCAGUAUGGUAAUAUCACGAACUCUCCUUACUCGCCACCAAAUCAGAACGAGAGCUACAACAUGCCACCAUCAGCAGCAGCGUUUCAGCAACAAGGUGGUAGUAACAUGGCGCAUAAUGGUAAUGUGAUCACCUUUCCGUACGGGCUACCAGAACAGAAUGACAGCUACAACAUGCCUCAGUACUCAGCUGUCUCUAUUGCUCCCUAUGCUUACGGUUCUGUUAACCUCUUUGGCACGUCGACUGAUAACAUUGCAGCAGACUCGAGGUUUGGCUAUGAAGGUGGUCUCUCAAGGAACCACUUCUCAUCGCUUCAGCAGCAUCAGAGUGGAGAUUCAUUUGUGUGGCCACUGAGUUCCAGACGUAGCCGCCAACAACGACAACAGCAGCUUCGGAGUGAUUUCUUUGCAACUCUGAACCAACAAAACGAUAGGAGUGAUCCAUCUGACCAAACCCAACAACGGUUAUUUCCAAGAGACAACUAGAGUAAUCAAAAAUCAGCCAUAUAUCAAUGACUUUCUUUUAAUGGCUUUAAGCUGCUUGUUUGUGAAUAAUAAAGGCCUUAGCCUAUGUUUUUUUUAUGUACUACGUUCUAUCUUUCUUUAUUUUUGUUAC